ACCCAGCCCAAGCCCUGCCUCCCGGACACAACACACCGAGGCUCACGUAGUCCGGUGGCGGCAGCCUCCCCUGACACCUCCCUCCGAGCUUUCUGAUGCAGCAAGCCAGCUGGAGAGGGGGCUUCCCCGCGGCCCAAAAGGGUUCUAGCCUGUUCUUCUAACCCCGUGAUGGCUGUAGACAUUGAGUGCAGGUACAGCUGCAUGGCCCCCUCCUUGCGCAGAGAGCGGUUCGCCUUCCAGAUCUCACCAAAGCCGAGCAAACCUCUGAGGCCUUGUAUACAGUUGGGCGGCAAGAAUGAAGCCAGUGGGACGGUGGCCCCGACCGUUCAGGAGAAAAAGGUGAAGAAGCGAGUCUCCUUUGCAGACAACCAGGGGCUGGCCCUGACAAUGGUCAAAGUGUUCUCCGAGUUCGAUGACCCAUUAGAUAUCCCGCUGAACAUCACCGAGCUCCUGGACAACAUCGUGAGUCUGACGACAGUGGAGAGCGAGAGCUUUGUGCUGGAUUUCUCCCAGCCAUCUGCAGACUACCUGGACUUUAGAAAUCGGCUUCAGACCGACCACGUCUGCCUGGAGAACUGUGUCCUGAAGGACAGAGCCAUUGCUGGCACAGUGAAGGUGCAGAACCUUGCAUUCGAGAAGAUGGUGAAAAUCAGAAUGACAUUUGACACCUGGAAAAGCUUCACGGACUUUCCCUGUGGGUACGUGAAGGACACGUAUGCGGGCUCAGACAGGGACACUUUCUCCUUUGACAUCAGUUUGCCUGAGAAAAUUCAGUCUUAUGAAAGGAUGGAAUUUGCUGUGUGCUAUGAGUGCAAUGGGCAGACAUACUGGGACAGCAACAAAGGCAAAAACUAUAGGAUCAUCCGGGCAGAGUUAAAAUCCACCCAGGGAACAGCCCAGCAACCAAAUGGACCGGAUUUUGGAAUAGCCUUUGACCAGUUUGGAAGCCCUCGGUGUUCCUACGGUCUGUUUGCCGAGUGGCCUAGUUAUUUAGGAUAUGAAAAGCUCGGGCCCUACUACUAGUGAUAGCGUGCGAUGGAACGGGGCUGUGGUGCAGACGAGCCAAGCUACAGUCACCACGGGAUGGAGAUGAAGGCCUCGAGAAAAGCUGAACUGCCAUCAGACGUGGUUUUUGAAAAGAAAGGAUCCUAGUCACUUUUUCUUCAAUCAGUCAAGCCAGUCAGGUUUAGAUCACAGAACUGGGUCAAUACUAGGUGUGCUGGUCUGUCUGGCACCCACAGGGCAACAAUGAGAGCCUGAGCAGGAUGGUGCCAGAAAGGGUCUGGACCAGACCCAGGCCUGUAGGCAGCGCUGGUGACACCAGAGGACGGUGGCUUAAUAAUGAGGUCGCCUGAAGGAGCCUUUCUCUCCUGGGGUGUGGGAAGUGAGUCACCUGGAAAGCCCUGUUCCCAGCCACAUCCCACUGGCUCUGGGCUCUCUUCUUCGGGUCUUCCUGGCUCAGCCAGGUCCUGCCUGCCUGUUGCUGCUGUUCCGUGUCUAUGUGUGCUUCAUACUUUUUCUCUGUGCAAUUUUUGAUUUGGUUUUCUUCCACAGUUCAUCUAAUGUUCAGGAAAAGAUAAUAAAGGCAAAUCAGCUCAUGACAGAGACUGGCAUUUCCUCUUUCUGAUGCUACAUAGAUACCCCAGCAGAGGACAAGACACCAGCUAUCGAAAGUAACUGGCUCCUAUGCAGUGUUUCUGAUGGCAGGCUUAUGCCAGGCAGAACAGUCAUGAGUGGGACACUUUUAAAUUCUCCUCUUGGCUUUGGGGGAACUUUCUAAGCACUCAUUCUUUGCCUGAGUCACCUGACUGCUCGACGGACGGCUCAGUUACAAGACAUGUUGUAACUUGCCUGGCUGGUUUGCCCAUGUCUAUCUUCACAAAAAGAUUUUAGAAUCUCUUUUCCUGGAGAGUCAUCUUUUAUGCUGUAUUUGGGACGUUUUGAUUUAGAGAGUCAAUAUAUCCUCAAUGCCUUCAGAAAAUGUUCAGUUGUAUUUUGACUGUGAUUUACAUCCACUUUGUAAACAACACUUUACAAGCCCCCAUGGACUCUGAUUUGGUUGUUUUUAUUUAUGGUGUGUGGGUAUGUAAAGGAAUAGGGGAGAAAAACCUCACCAGGUUCUCAGAUUUUAUUUUCACUGUUUGCCAACUAUGAAAUAUCAGAGAUUAAUUGUUCUUAACCAUAUUGGACUAAAGCAUUAAAAGUCUGUGGGUUCAUGUUAUUGUGAGACUCCUGGGGCUUUCCUUGUCAGAUGCACCCCAAACCCUGUGAUUUUUCUUGGACAAGACUGGUUGGUACUUGGGGGUAUUUAAAAAAAUAUUUUUACAUGUA